AUGGAUAACAGAAACAGAGCUAAAAGAAUAGCAUUGCAAUCUUCGCCGCCGCCAUCUUCAUCGACUUCAACAAAUGAAGAUUUUUCAAGUGAUCAUUCUUGUUACCAUCCACAGCAAAAUAUAGAAAUUUCCACAGAAUUAGAAGACAGUGAAGAUAAUGAAGAAAGAAGAGAUCCAGAGGGUCCUAUAGGUAACUUGGGGGAAAUAAAUCAUCCAGAUUCCGAUGAACCUGUCAGAGGAAGAAAAAGAGUUCGGAAUUUCGACAGAUGGGCAAAGAAUAUAAGGAAGCGAAAAAGAACUGCAGGCCAAGAAUAUCGCAACGUACGAGGUAGUAUUGUCCCAGCUAAAGUAUUUACACCAGUUGUAUGCAGCUGUAGGUUCAAAUGCAGUGAGCAGGUUUCAUCUGAAAAUCAAGAAGCAAUACACGUAAUGUUUUAUCAGCUCACCUCAUGGGAUGCUCAAACAACAUGGUUGUGCAGCACCAUUAAGACUUUAGAACCAAAACGCCGUAAGCAAAGACAAAAUGCUCAAAAUCCUAGCCGCAUAAAUUAUGUACGCCAAUUCAUGUUGUUGGACAAAAGAGUUUGCAAAAGUUUCUUUUUAAAGGUCAUACAAAUAUCUAACAAAAGAUUAGAUUAUGCAUUACGCAAUAAAAAAUCUGUUUCUGGAAUAGCGGAAAGAGAUAAGAGGGGACAACAUGUACCUGCUAACAAGCUGCCUGAUGAAAAGUUGAACUGGAUUAGCUAG